GUGUCUUCUCAGCUACAAAACAAGACUGGCUUGGUAUUGGGCGCGUACGUCGAGGACAAGAGUGGCCAGGCACUCCUCACACCUGCCGGACAGAAAUUCGAUCAAUCGGUUAAUGGACAAUUGAGCAGCUUGAUCCAGAGACGCGCGUAAAAAUGGAGGGCCGCUCGUCGACGCCGAAUCCGUCGUCGGUGGAAAAGUCGCCGGCGCUGAGCCGGGCCGGCUCGUCCUCGUCGUUGCGGUCGCGCGCGGGCAAACGGCAGCACGGCGGCAGCUCGUCACUCAACGGCAGCCAGGGCAACCUGACUGCCGCCGAACUCAUGUGCCCCGUGUGCUUCGAGCUGAUCCAGGAGGCCCACAUCACGCGGUGCGGCCACACCUUUUGCUACAGGUGCAUAGCAAAGAGUCUCGAAACCUGUGGCCGCUGCCCAAAGUGCAGCUUCGUCGUUGGCGGAAUCGAUCAGGUUUUCCCCAAUUUCCUGCUCAAUGACCUGGUUGCCAAACACAAAGUCUCGGUGGCAGCGGCGCAAGCGUCGGCGAGCGUGGGCGCCGACGAAACGGCGCUGAAAGAGUUUGUGACCACUGAGUCGCACCGGAUGACCCUGCCAGACGUGAACGCAGUGCUAGAGCUGCUGAACCACCGGAAGCAGCUACUCGAGGCCGAGUCGUGCGCCGCGCAAAACAAACUGCUCAACGAGUUUCUGCACAAUCUGCUGCAGCAGAAGGAAGAGCAGCUGGUGCGACUGGCCAAAGAGGUGUCACUUAUCAAGAAAGACAUUGGUGAGGUCGAAGUCAUCCUCAAGGACGUGGAGGAGCAGGCGGGCAAGCUGCCGAGGAUGGACUCGGAAGACGAGUCGGAGAGCCAGCCGCUGCCCAAACUCGAGUGUCCCACGCUCACUGCCAGGCGGAGGCGGAUGCACGCGCACUUUGACGAUUUUGUCCAGUGCUACUUCACGUCGAGGGCGAAGGAACUGAUGUUCGGCGACGACGACACUACCAAGGGUUCAGGCUUGGACAUGUUCAGAGAAAAUCUAGUAAAAUUCUCGCGGUACAACUCGUUGCGGCCGCUGGCCUCUCUGAACUACUCAACGGGUCUGUACAACAACUCAACCAUCGUCUCGAGCAUCGAGUUCGACAAGGAUGACGAGUUGUUCGCCAUUGCUGGCGUUACGAAGAGGAUCAAGGUGUUCGACUACGGCUCUGUGAUCCGAGACGUCGUCGACAUGCACUACCCCUGCAUCGAAAUGGUGUCCACGUCGAAAAUCAGCUGCGUGUCGUGGAACGCGUAUCACAAAAGCAUGCUCGCCAGCUCCGACUACGAAGGCACCGUGACGGUCUGGGACGCCUGCACGGGCAAGAAGACCCUGGCCUUCCAGGAGCAUGAGAAGCGCUGCUGGUCGGUCGACUUCAACCACGUCGACACUAGGCUGAUUGCUUCAGGCUCUGAUGAUGCCAAGGUCAAAUUGUGGUCGGUGAACCUGGAGCGGUCGAUAUCGUCCCUGGAGGCGAAGGCAAACGUGUGCUGCGUCAAGUUCAACCCUCGUUCGUCGUGCCACCUGGCGUUCGGCUCGGCCGACCACUGCGUGCACUAUUACGACCUUCGCUCGCCUAAAGAGCCUCUGGCGCUAUUCAAAGGCCACCGGAAGGCCGUGUCCUACGUCAAGUUCCUGUCCAACGAGGAGAUCGUGUCCGCCUCGACGGACAGCCAGCUGAAGAUGUGGUCAAUCACGAAGCCGCACUGCCUGCGCUCCUUCACCGGCCACAUCAACGAGAAGAACUUCGUAGGGCUGGCCACGGACGGCGACUACGUGGCGUGCGGCUCGGAGAACAACGCCCUCUUCGUCUACUACAAGGGCCUGAGCAAGCAGCUGUUCAACUUCAAGUUCGACGCCGGCCACGGCAUCCUGGACAAGGAGCGCAAGGAGGAGGACGCUGGCGACUUUGUGUCCGCCGUCUGCUGGAAACGCAGCUCCAACGUCGUCGUCGCCGCUAACAGCCAGGGCAUCAUCAAGAUCCUAGAACUCGUGUAAACUCCUCCUGGGUCUGACAAAAAUAUCAAGAGAGUGUGUUCCUGUGAAGCAAUAGCCAAUCAGAUGACGCCAAACGGGGCGCUUUUGCCGUUCGACCCGGCCGAGGGGAUGGCUGCUAAGUUUACUUUCUGUUGGCUGUGGCUGAACUAAGGUGUUGGCUUUUGUUACCACAUUGCUGGUGGGACGAGAUGAAGGUGACGGCUGACGUUCGCAGAAAAUCGCUCUGCAAUUUGUUAUUUGGACUAAUUUUUCAAGCUUGUUGAAAGUUGUGAUGAGCGGCUUAAAAGUUUAUCCUCAGUUUGGAAUAUUUUUAGAUUUUUUACGUUUUUGUUUUCGUCUCUAUUUUGAUACUGACUCAUAAAUACUCAUCUAAACUGCACACAAACUAAACGGCCUCGCAAAUGUGCGCGCACAAAAGUACUUACUAGUUCAAGGGUUGAAGACAAACUAAAUAAAACCCAGCGAACCCCGGGCCUAAAGCAGCAAGCUAAAUUCCUCGGUUGCUUUCAAUUAUAUUUAUUCACAGCAUUGCGGGAACGAAUGAACAAUGAACCUCUUCUCUAUCUUUAAAACUCGAUUUGCAAAUGUAGUUUGUGGCUGUACUAAUGUACUAGCGGCUUUGUAGCUCUUUUUCGCAGCUUCGCAAUUUUGCUAGCCUUUGAAAUGUAUUGCGGGUUGAGAUUUCUGUCCAUAAAGUUUCGCUUUCUGCGACCCCCUUAGGCGUUAGUAAAGGCUCGCAGGUGUGCUCCUCCCCUGCUUACGCCUCCCCUAACUACUUACAAAACCGUUCAAGAAGCUCAAUCACCAAUUUUUCCGUAGUGUUGUAGGAUACAAUUCCCUGUGUAAUCGACAUGCGAACCUUGUCACCCACCCAAUCGUUGCAAAACAUAUUCUAAUGUCCGUCUGUCGUCCAUUCAAGACUUACCUUGUUUUAGCGUUAUUUUAAACUUGAAUCAAGUUUUCCCUAUACGACAACAACAACCAUUGUUUCUGUUUUAAAAAAUGUUGGUAUGCAUGCGUGUAAAAAAUAGUUGUUGGUGGAAAUAAUAAAAAGACGCGAAUAUAUUAUUUGUGAUGCGAAAACUUUGAUAAAUGUAUCAAGUAAUGUAAAGCAUGAGAAUGUGUGGCUAUUGCACACUAUUCCAUCUUUGAUGUGCCAAUAUUUCAAAAUUAGAUGAAGUAUAAAAUGGACACGAUCAAACAUACCACAAAGUUUCUGUGUUAUUUGAUGUAAAACUCAGUUCAAGACAUGCAAUAAAAAAAGGUUAAAACGAA